AUGUUUAGUUGGCCACUGCUAGUAUCGGCUGCGACGGUAGCGGUGACCGGUAGCGGACACUACCAACUGUCCGAUUGUCGGUCCGAUCCUCGAUCCAAUACAACCACUUUCGCAUACAUUCCCAUAUAUGCUGCCGGUGGUCGUGGUAGUGGUGGUAGUGGUAAUGAUGAUCGUCGAGAUACUGCUGGUCUACUUAGGAAUGCUGGUGCCAGCAGUGGUGGUGGUGGUGGUAGUCGUAGUGAUAGUAGUGCUUACGAUGGCGGCGGUGGUCGCGGUGGUGGUGCUGGUCGUAGUGCUGCCUAUGAUAGUGGUGGUGAUCGUCGAGAUUUUUCUAGUAUACGUAAUAAUAAUAAUAAGGGUGGUGCCAGUAAUGGUGGUAUUGGUCGUGGUAAUGGUAAAGGUUAA